GACUUUUCAUUGGACGACUCUAAAGCAGAGUUCAACCUCGAUGCUCCUGAUGGCGUGGUGAUGGAGGGCUACCUUUUCAAAAGGGCCAGUAAUGCUUUCAAGACCUGGAACAGACGGUGGUUCUCCAUCCAGAAAAGUCAGCUGGUUUAUCAGAAGAAGCUGAAGGACUCUCUAACGGUGGUGGUGGAAGAUCUCAGAUUGUGUUCUGUUAAACCAUAUGAAGACAUAGAGAGGAGGUUCUGCUUUGAGGUCGUCUCUCCAUCUAAGAGCUGUAUGCUGCAGGCAGAGUCUGAGAAGUUAAGACAAGCCUGGGUUCAGGCAGUUCAAGCUAGCAUCGCUUCAGCCUACAGAGAGAGCCCAGACAUUUGUUCUACAGAGCAUUUGGACCGAACGGCGUCUCCGUCCACCAGCAGCAUCGACUCGGCCUCUGAGCCACGGGAGUGCGGCAACAGGGCGGAGACGAUCUUGCAGCACAUCCAGAGUCUGCCAGGAAACCAGAGGUGCUGUGACUGCGGUCAGGCUAACCCCUGCUGGGCCUCCAUKAACCUGGGCGUGCUYCUGUGUAUUGAGUGCUCRGGCAUCCACAGGAGUCUAGGAGUUCACUGCUCGAAGGUGCGCUCACUCACACUUGACUCGUGGGAACCAGAAUUAUUAAAGUUGAUGUGUGAGCUUGGAAAUAGCAUCGUCAACCACAUCUAUGAAGGUUCCUACCAAGAACAAGGCCUAAAGAAACCAUCAAUGUCCAGUUCGAGACAAGAAAAAGAGACCUGGAUAAAGGCCAAGUAUGUAGAGAAGAAAUUCCUGAAGAAGCUGAGUUCCACAGAGGUUCUUAUGAAUGGGGAGAGGAAGUCUGAGCGGCGGUGGAACACAAAGGUGUGUCGAAGAUACAACAGUGCCAACACUGUCCCCAAAACACUGCGGCGAUACCGACAAGAGACCGGCAGCACCUCCCCUUCCACGCGCUCUGCAGCAGCUGCCAAGUUCAGACGAGAGUCUCUGUUUUGUCCUGAUGAGUUAGAUUCUCUCUUCUCCUACUUUGAUACUGGAUCUGGGCCUCGAAGCCUGAGCAGUGACAGUGGUCUGGGUGGCAGCACAGAUGGCAGCACAGACGUCCUGGUGUUCGGCUCAGUGGUGGGCAGUGUCACAGAGGAGGAGUGUGAGGUGUCUGAAGACUCAAGUGGUGAGGCUGAGCUGGAGGCAGAGCCAGAGACGUCUGAUCCAGAGGACGUGAAGGAGCUGGAUCCUGGAGCGCUGCUCUACAAAGCCUCGAAGGCUCGCAACCUGCCAGUCAUGGCUGAAGCUCUGGCUCACGGCGCAGAUGUUAAUUUGAUUAAUGAUGAUGAUGAGGGAAAGACUCCUCUCAUCCAGGCUGUGAUUGGGGGUUCACUGGUCGCCUGUGAGUUCCUUCUGCAGAACGCUGCAGAUGUGGACCAACGAGAUGCAAGAGGGCGGGGCCCACUGCAUCAUGCCACAUACCUGGGACACACAGGGCAGGUGUGUUUAUUUCUGAAAAGGGGAGCCAGACAGAGUGACGGUGAUGAAGAUGGUCAGGACCCUCUAAGUAUAGCUGUGCAACAGGCCAAUGCAGAUAUCGUCACGCUACUUCGUUUGGCCCGGAUGAAUGAGGAGAUGCGGGAGUCAGAGGGACCCUUUGGACAACCAGGGGACGCCACCUACCUCGACAUCUUCAGGGAGUUUUCCCACAUGGCCUCCCACAACCCUGAGAAGCUGAAAAGAAGGAGUUUACACUUCCGUCACUCCUUCAGGUGAUGAGCCAAGUGUCUGGAGAGGAGGAAAGGAACGAUGCAGGAUGUUCAGAGGGGAUGCAUUGCUUCAGAAAGGAUUUUUUAUUAUUUUGAGGACUUGCUGGUCUUUUCCUCCUGGGUAUAAGUAGAAAUACAUCCUUUUUAAAAAGACUGUUGAAGGAACUGAAUGAAUAUUUUAUAUGAAUCUUUUUUGAUGUUUACUGCAUGAACUUUGUUCUGUCUUCCACUCAAACAUCAUUUCAGCUGCUGAUGAGCAGCAUUACCAUUAGUCAUCAUCAGUGUUCAGUUUCUUCAUGUUCACAGUGACUCUAGAGAAGAAUCUGGUUAUAUUUCAUCGACUARGCUGGUCUAGUCAUCACAAUGUGUUCUUUGUGUCAGCACUGUAAGCUGCAGUGUUUAUGUCUCAAACAUGCUGGUGAAUCAAAUAAAUGUUAAUAUAUCUGA